AUGAUACUUUAUGUCAUUGAUGUUCCUGAAAACGAUACUAAGGAAGACAAAGAUUCUGCAAAAGCAAACAAGAAAGGCAUCAGCAUUCUUACUAAAACCCAAGUUGAUGCAGAUUUUUUGAAAAUGAGGAGCAUGACUGCUGAAGAAGCUGCUGCAGCUGCAGCAAUUGCAGAGGUAGAAGUUGCAAUCGCAGAAGCUGAAAAGGCAGCAAGAGAGGCAGAACUGGCAGAAGCUGAAGCAGAAGCAGCAAAAAAUUUUGCUAAAGCAGCCGAGAAAGCAUUGAAGUCCAGGAUUCUAGAUACCUGUCACCCGUAUCGGUCUGAGAGUGUUACAGAGCCAUUAUUCUAUAGGCAUGAUAAUUAUGAUCAACUGUCCAAGAUAGCCAAGGUUCUUGGGACAGAUGAAUUAAAUGCUUAUCUGAAUAAGUACCGCAUAGAAGUGGAUCCACAUCUUGCAGCCCUUGUUGGGAGGCGAAGUCGAAAACCUUGGACAAAGUUCGUCAAUGCUGAGAAUCAACAUCUGGCAUUACCUGAGGUCAUUGACUUCCUUGAUAAGUUGCUUCGAUAUGAUCAUCAAGAAAGGCCAACUGCAAAAGAAGCAAUGGCUCAUCAUUAUUUUAACCCGGUUAGGAACGCCGAGAGCAGCAGAACUUGUCCCUAACAUGCUAAAUUUGUGAAGCUGUCAAGCGCAAGCAAUGGCAUCUUAUCUUCAUUGUGCCUUGCUUGGGUAAGGAUCCUGCCUGUGUAGUCCGACUGAAGAUUUGGUGUUGGAGCUUUUGAAUUUAAGAAAUCUUUGAAAUAUGUUUUAUCUG